AGAUAGCAGAAUAACCUGACUGCUAGAUGGCUUUAAGACGACUAAACAAAGAAUUACAAAGUCUCAGUCGAGAUCCCCCACCAAAUUGCAGUGCCGGACCAAUCGGUGAUAACAUUUUCAAAUGGCAAGCCACCAUUAUGGGACCAAAGGACAGUCCCUACCAGGGUGGUGUUUUCUUCCUGAAUAUAUCAUUCCCUGCUGAAUAUCCCUUCCAACCACCUCGAUGUACUUUUGUGACGAAGAUUUAUCACCCAAAUAUUAACUCAAGCGGCGGCAUUUGCCUGGAUAUUCUUAAGAACGAGUGGAGCCCUGCUCUGACCAUUUCCAAGGUGCUCCUGUCUAUUUGCUCUCUGUUGGAUGAUCCGAACCCCGACGAUCCGUUGGUUCCCGAGAUUGCCAGAGUUUGCAAGGAGAAUCCCGCAUUGUAUAGACAGACAGCUGCUGAAUGGACCAAGAAAUAUGCUAUGUAA